UUGGCUUCGAUAUAUGAAUAGUGCUAUUAAUUUGGCUGAAAUAUCAUGCUAGUGAUCAUGAUUGCUCGGUUGCAUGCCAUGUAUCAGCGAUCGAGAAAAAUGCUCAUCUUCCUCGUUGUAUUCUUCCUUACCGUGGCGAUUACUAGCGCAGUAAUCACGGUAAUACAAGGCACACAUAUUACAGGAGAGGAGCUCGUUCUCUCCGGUACUCAUCAGUGCAAUUACGAGGGGAAUAGCUUUCUUCUAUCAGCUGUCACUUCGAUACUCGGCACUGUAUGGGAAACCCUUGCAUUGUAUCUUUCAGUCCAUAUUGCUAUAAAGCAUCUCCGUGAACGACUAUCGACAGGAUCAAUUAUUGAAGACUUUUUCACGAUGUUAUUAAAAAGUCACGUAUUUUACUUUGCAAGCUUUGUUGCUGUUGCUUUCUUCCGCAUUAGCUUCGCCUCUCCAAAUCUACCGAACGAAAUUCCUGCGGGAGCUGAGCUUUAUUACGCUGUUGCGCUACUUUCCUCGCUCUUGCAGAUGUUUUUACUGGGACCGCGCCUCGUCCUCAGCGUUCGAGAACACAGCACUAGGCUUGCGGUUGACUCCGACAGAGCAACUGUCAUGACUAAGAUUGUAUUCCAGGAGUGUACACCUGUGUCGACUGAUGGUGGUGUGUAGUACAGGAAAUACUCCAUGACAUUGACAUCUUGGCAUCGGUGUAUUACAGGGAGGUUGAGAAUGCUGUUUGGAUUUCGGAGUUUUGCCAUGGUACUGUAUGAUUGAUAUGUAUGUAUUUUCAAUUAUGUUCGAGAAAUAGCCUCGCUGUAUAUUUAGGAAACCAAACGCGUGUAGUAAAUGUGACUAUAGC